AUGUCCAGAUCCUUCUUAGUAGACACCCUCAUCAGCGAGCCCAAGGAGAAGAAGGAGCAGCCCUACACCAUGAGCUUCGAGAGGCCCAAGUUCGCGCCAUACCCCUACACGAGCGGCUUCAACCUCCUGUCUCUGGGACUACACCAGCAGCGAGCUCCCGAGCUGUUCCGACCGUUUUUGGAGCACCUCAACUUCAGAUAUCCCCUGCUCCAUCAAAUCCCGCGGCCGGAUUUCUACGAGCAGCCGACCGAGAUGAGGCAGGAGCCCUUUGUGAAGACGGAGGAGGAGCCGAUCAAUUUUGUGAACAGAAGAAAGAAGUCCCUUUCACCGUACCACCCGUAUAAAGCAGUGUCACCGGCUAAGAGCCAAGGACAACGAUCUCCGUCCCUAUCCAGUGAUGGUAGAAACGCCACGCCGAGCCCACCGCUCGCUCAUCCAGAAGAACUGCUUCCAGGUUACUCCAAGGAGUUAAAACGCCUGCCGCUCAAAGAAGACUCCAGUAAGCGCAUCCGAACCGCGUUCACCGGGACCCAACUUUUGGAGUUAGAGAGAGAAUUCGCGAUGAACAUGUAUCUGUCCAGAUUGAGAAGAAUAGAGAUCGCCUCGCGUCUCAAGCUAUCAGAGAAGCAAGUGAAGAUCUGGUUCCAGAACCGCCGCGUUAAAUUGAAGAAGGAGGAGAGUCCGGUAGCCGACGGCAGAACUAAGAAGUGCUGCUGCAAGUCGUCCUGCUCAUCCAAAAACUCAUCCGAAUCCUGUGACAACGACCAGGAGCACAUAGAUGUGGUGAGUGAUCAUGAAACACAAUUCCAAGCGCAGAACCUAACGAGAUAUUCUUGA